AUGACGAGCCAAGCAAACACGCCAAUGACUGCAGCUUCGCCUGUUGCUGCUCCAUCAAGGCAGGAGAUACAUCGUCGCCUGUCUUCAUCAGUCAACCAGCAAGCUGCCUCGCGAGCUGGCACGAAUCAGACGCCUGCAGCGAUCCAGAUCGCUUCGCCAAGUCAUCAGUUCACGAGCCUGAACACCUCGCCGCCUGGUACCCAAGGCUUCUCCUCAUCCAUCUCUUCGACUUCGUCAGCUGGUGGGCAACAACAGCCUUCACUACAGUCUGGCUCGUUGAAGAGUCAGCUUGGCCGCUCGCCCAGCUACCAAACGAGUCAGAUUGCUUCGCCGCCUACGACGGAUGCAGAGGACGAGCCUGGAUCUCCUGCGCGACGUGAACGCGGUCUGACGGCUAUCUCUGAGACGGACGGCGACGAUACAGAGGAUGACGAGCUUGCUCGUGAUCCUGCAGCUAACGCGGGCGCACUCUCCAGCUCAGACGGCCCGCCCCGAGAUGACGUCCUCUCAGAGGCAGACAUCAAAGCUGGCUACCUCAUGAAGAAAGGCGAGCGACGGAAGGCUUGGAAGAAGCGCUAUUUCGUCCUCAGAAACAAGAAAUUGUGCUACUACAAGAACGCAAAAGAGUAUCAACUCCUCAGGGACGUGCCCGUCGCUGACAUCUCCACCUGUGCGGAGGUGCAAGUCAAGAAGCACGACUUUGUCUUUGGCAUUGUCACGCCCGCUCGGACCUACUAUGUCAUGGCAGGCAGCAAGUCAGAAAUGGAGGACUGGCUGAGCUGUAUCGCCCUCGCUCGCCAGCGUCUCAGACAAUCCAUACAACCCAAGCUCAAUACCUCCACAGUCCACGCUGCUUCCACAGCUCGCAUAGCAGCGCCAUCGUCCGAAUCAUCAACUCCGCAUGCAAGUCAGCAGCAGACAGAGGCCAGCACGAGUGCUGUUCCCUCGACCACACCUCAUGGCAGCACGCGCAAGGCAGCUGUCCGACUUAUGGAAGUCACCGGCAGUCCUCAGAUGCGUCGUCAGCAGAGCGGAGGACUAGGCCUGACCGGUUCGCAAGGUCAGCAGUUGGAGGCCUCUUUCAACGACCAGCUAUCUCUCAGUAGUGGCAACAAGAAGAUCAAUACCCCGCUGCGGCAAGAGUCUGCCAGCAGCGGCGACGAAUCUGGCUACUUUGGCCUCCUUGCCAGACCCAUCCGAUCUGAUGCGGACGGACCGAUCAGUCCAGGCGGAGCUCUCUCGUCGAGCGACGAAGACGAGGAAGAUGCAGAAGACGGCGAAUAUACCCCUAAUGCAAUGACAAGCACUCCUUCUCAGCACACUCUCCACGCGGGUCCCCAUGAUGCGGCUCUAUCACCGCCCGUCCCCUUCAACGCAGCAAGCCUAUUGCUCUCGCCCAGCGCGCUUGAUCCUAAUAAAGAGAUGUUACGCGGCUACCUGAUGAAGCAAGGCAAACGAAAGACCUGGCGGAAACGGUGGUUUGUGCUCUCGCCAACGCAGCUCAUGUACUCUCGCAGUCAUAUGGACAAGGCGUUCAAGAGACGCAUACCGCUCAGUCGUGUGCUCGAUGCUGUGGAGUAUGAUCCGCCGCGUCGGCAACAUUCUGGUCCGGGAGAGAUGCCGCUUUCGCCAAAGCUGGCUCUGGGUACCGACUACCUCGUCGCUGGCGAAGGUGGCCUCAGUCGCAAGCCGAUCGAGAACUGUUUCAAGAUCAUCACCGCCAAGCGUGUCUAUCUCAUCUGUGCGCCGACAGAAGAGGACGAGAUCAAGUGGAUCUCAUCGAUCCGAGUACUCAUUCGACGCAAUAAUGCCGUCUCGCCUGGCCCUUCACAGCAACAUGCACCCAUCGCCCAGCAACGCGAUAGCAGCAGCACGAUUGUACCAUCAUGA